AUGAUGCUCCGUCAUCAUCGCGCAUUUUUCGCGAGUUUCUCCUCAUCCAUCAUCUGGCGAUUGCAAGUGCCUAUAUGCAGCAUUACUAGUCGGUGCCCAUUGUGUGUUGUUUUGCGAUUGCUAAUCAUCAUCAGAAUCCGUCGACGGUCGAACAGUCAGGGCGAAGGAGAACGUCGUAAACUGUCUUGGGUUCCUAUGAAAAUUACAUCGUGUGGUCCCCAGAUUAUUAGCCACAGGUCUGAGUUCUCGCGUUCUAGCUCGUCUUAGGUCGUAUAAGUGAUCCACAAAAGAAUACGCGAUUGAUUGAAUUACGUACGGAACAUUGCCCAAAUAAUACUCUUAUUUGCGUUUUGAGUUGCUAAUUGGAACGGGCUCUAUUUGGCCAGCCUUUGUUGUUGAUCUACGAAGACGACCAAGUUGUUCGAGUCAUGCAGAACGUGAUCAAUUCGGUUAAGGGUACCGCCCUUGGAGUGGCGGAGUAUUUGACACCGGUUCUGAAGGAAUCCAAAUUCCGGGAGACGGGAGUGCUGACACCGGAGGAAUUUGUAGCAGCCGGAGAUCACUUGACGCACCAUUGCCCCACCUGGUCCUGGGCGGUUGGAGAUGAAACCAGGAUAAAACCCUAUCUGCCCAAAGACAAACAAUUUCUCAUAACUCGUAAUGUGCCAUGUUACCGACGUUGCAAGCAGAUGGAAUACGUCGGGGAAGAAACGUUGGUCGAGGAGAGUGACCAGGACGGCGGGUGGGUGGAAACACACCAUUUCAAUCCGGAUGGAGCCAGUGGAUCCGGAUUGGAAGAUAAGGUCUGCGAGAUGACGCUGGAGGGAGCCAAAAUGGAUGAUGAUGUGGCCGCCGAUAUGGAUGACCCCAGGAACCUCGAAGAUGGAGACGGGAAUGGGGAUGACGACGAUGAUGAAGGGGCGGCUAUCGAUAUGGACGAGUUUGAGGAGAGCGGUAUGUUGGAUCAGGUGGACCCGUCAUUAGCUACCGUGGUUCCGACGGAGAAUGUCCCAAAGAAACCCUCGGAACAGGACGGCGACUCGGUAGUCCACACGCGAACCUACGAUCUGCACAUCACCUACGACAAGUACUACCAGACGCCGCGGUUGUGGGUUGUCGGGUACGACGAAAACCGCAAGCCGCUCACCGUGGAGCAGAUGUACGAGGAUGUCAGUCAGGAUCACGCCAAAAAGACUGUCACGAUGGAGACCCAUCCGCAUCUGCCGGGACCGAACAUGGCUUCGGUUCACCCUUGCAAGCACGCAGACAUUAUGAAGAAGAUCAUCCAAACUGUGGAGGAAGGCGGCGGCGAACUGGGAGUUCACAUGUAUCUGAUCAUCUUCCUGAAAUUCGUCCAAACGGUGAUACCGACGAUCGAAUACGAUUUCACCCAAAAUUUCAACAUUACCAAUAAGUAAAAUACAUCUGUCUACACCUAGAAUCAUACGAUGAUAUUAGAUUGAAGAUGAAAACAGCAUAAAUAAUAACGCUUAACGCGAAUGUCCAUUCGAGCAGUCACCCACGCCACCCUGCACUUGUAUUAGAUGUAACAACAUGUAUUUGGCUUGGAUCAUACAUAAGCAAUAAUCAGCAAACACAAAACAGCAGCUCAUCGCAAUUGCUUCAAGUAAACGGGUUUGAAAUUGUUACAAAAACAUCACGAUGAAUCGGUCGGGAAUUAUGAUAACCACCACCCGACCACGAAUGGAAGCGCGCUGACGAGCGUAUUACGGAUGGAAACGGAACAAUGAACAGUGGAGAGGUAGAAGAACCACAGGAUGGGUUCCACCUCCAUCAGGAAGAAUGAAUUAAUUAAUAUUGUUUGGUGUAUAAAAGUCAUUCAGAGCAGAAUAAAAGUGUAUUUUAAUAUUGCAGCUUUAGAAAAACAA